GAAACAUUCACCUGUGUGCGUGACACCAUGUGAUGCUGAAGGGAGGUGUUAAUCUUUAGUUUUUGCAGAGACAAGUGGGCUGGUUCAUUCCAGCAGGUGACUGCUGAGCUACUGUUCAGCCCCUCGGAGAGCUUCUCACCUCAGGUACAGACACACCUGCGACUGGUUCAGCGCACAUCUUUACAAAAAGGCUCACAUUUCCUUCUUCAACUGUGAAAACACGUGCACAAAAUUAAUAAUCGGCAGCAGAAACACUGGACUGCAGACUGCAGAGGGACUGCAUACUGACUGACUACUCUCUCAACCCUGAAAGAUGCAGAAACAAUAUAAAUCAGUGAGCCCCUCCGAUGACAUCACUGUGAAGACUGAGAAUGGACCUCAACCAAAGAAACACCGCUACGUACGCAAAGAAGGCAGCUGUAACGUUGUGUUCCGCCAUGUUCCUGAGGAGUGGCUGCUGUUUGUGACCGACAUCUUUACCACCUUGGUGGAGAUCAGAUGGAGGGUGAUGUUCCUGAUCUUUGCCCUGUCUUACAUCCUGUCCUGGCUCUUCUUUGGCAUUCUCUUCUGGGUCAUUGCCCUCGCUCAUGGUGAUGCCAGAAGGCCCUCAGAAGAACACUGCGUGUAUGAGGUGCGCAGCUUCACAGCUGCCUUCCUCUUCUCGCUUGAAACUCAAACGACCAUUGGCUAUGGUUUCAGAGGAAUGUCUGAGAACUGCAUGAUUGCCAUCAUCAUCGUCACUAUACAGGAUGUCAUCAGCUGCUUCAUCGACACGUUUGUCAUUGGAAUUGUUGUUGCCAAAAUGGCCUCUGCCAGGAAGAGGGCGCAGACAGUGGGCUUCAGCAACAGCGCUGUCAUCAAUCUACGCGAUGGUUACUUGACUCUGUCCUGGAGAGUUGGGGACUUUCGCAGACACCACCUGGUGGAAGGGACAGCUUGCGCUCAGAUAGUCCGCACCACGGUGCACGCCACAGGGAAAAGGGACGUGACAUACGAAGAUCUGGUCAUCCAGCAGAGGGACAUUAUCGUGGCCACACCUACCACCAUCUUCCACAGGAUCCAACCUGGCAGCCCGCUGUACAAGAUGAGUUUGGAGGAUCUGCGGAAGUCAGACUUUGAGUUGGUGGUGUCUUUCACUUACACAGACGACUCCACAGGUAUUCUGCAUCAGACCCGAACCUCGUACACUCCACCUGAAAUUCUCUGGGGCCACCUGUUCCAGGAGAUGAUCAGGGUCACCAGGAGGCACUACACGGUGGAUUAUACCUUGUUCAAUCACACUGCUAAGGUGCUGGUGCCUGUGGUCAGCGCUGAGGAGUACGAACGGCAGAAGCGCCUGCGGCCUUCUCCAAGACAUUCCCCUAGACAUUCACCCCGAUGUUCCCCACGACCCUCUCCAAAACAGCAGCAAAACCAUCAAGAAAAACUUCUGACACCUCCGACAGUAACUGUGGAGAUGGUGAAUGACAGUUGCCCUGAACCAAUGGUUUCAACGUCAGCAGAAAAUCAACAUCAAGACACGUUGACUUUGCCAAAUGACCUGACAAAUACAGAAAUAUAAAAGCAGAGCCAUGUUUUAUUCAUUAAGACAUUGUGCUGAUUGUCCGUUCCUUCAAGGAAGCCGCUGCUACAGAGGAAUACUGAGGAUGCUACUGGAUCUCAUUCACUCUAAGAAUGUUAAGAGUUCUGGCUUCUGUUUUUUAACAUGCCAUUUUUUUGCAAACACAGAUCUGUGUUUUGAGUAUCAAAGACUUUACCCUUGUAGGCUUGAAAGAUGGCGCCCAUUUCAAUGAGAGCUGCUCAUCCAGCACUACAUGAAGGCUACUGAAGGAUCCUUAUCUGUGGGUUUCAAAUCAGUACAGGCUUUACACUACUUAUAGGCAGCCAGCAAGAGUACACCCAGAAAGUACCAAUGACUUAUGCUGCCUCCAUCGAUCAUGUGACUAUCGCCUUUCAGAUGGUAGCAGUCCCUUGAGUAUCCCCAAAGACUACUUCAAAAAGCCCCACCUACUCAUCCUAAAGACCAAACCCCAGGAACAGUGUCGGGCCUGAGGCCAAUUUGAUAUCAUGGCUCAAAUGUGGAAUUACAUCUUAAGGUUUGUAGGUUACUUUGUGGCCAAUAUUUCAUGCUGAUCUGGUGUAGCCAGUAGAUAUCCAAGUCAAGACGUACUCUUCCGUGUGCAAGUCAUUUCAGCUAACCCAUAUAAAUGCAGAUACAUGAGUUGACCCUAAGCUGUAAACUUCUACAGCAAUUCAGACUGAAAAUGCAGCUGUAGUCCUCAAGCGAUGAAACUACAAACUUUUUACCGCCUUUCAAGCCUACAGGUAGUCCGCAUUUGAUACACAAAAUAUAAAUACUUACAACAGUAAGUAUAAAUGCAACAACAUCAGAAUACAAAGCCUUUAAUGUACUGAGACUCGCUAUUUGAACUAUAAAUACAUUUUAAUAAAGUCUUUAUAUGGUUAAUGUAAUAUUCAGAUAAGGUGAUUGUGGACUUAAGGGCAAAUGAUGAAGGUCAGGGUGUAUAUCUAAGUGGGUGGAAAUUUGUUUUUAUAUUUUAUAUAGGCCUUGUGUUAAGAUUGUUUCAUUAACUGUUGUUUUUAGCCUUAAAUCUCAACCUUUGAGCCAACAUGGACGACAAAUGGGCUGCUGAGGAAGAUCAUGCACUACAGUCAGAAAGCUCCAGAACGGCUACAAAGUGAACCCUUUGGUGAGACUGUUGUGACAAGUGUGAACAAAAAAAACCCAACUUAAGUUAUGUAUUUAAAAAGAAAGGACCAGUUGCAGAAAAGACCUUAAGUUUUUACCUUAACUGUAGGCUCAAUUUCUCCUUAGCUAAGGGACGUCCACAGUUGCACAGAAUCCCUUUAAAGGUUUCCUUAGUUAAGGAAAAAUUUUAGAUCAUUUACUGCAUUGAAAGAUAUUUUACAGCGGUACUAGUUUCCUUGGAGAUUGUUUGUCUGCUUGGACUCGUACUGGUGAUGCCUGUUAUCGUCUCACACAGUUGGCUCAUCGUUAGAUAGAGAAAAAAUAGCACAAAAGAAAACAAAAGAAGAAAAGGAAAUCAUAUUGGUCAGAGGAGGACAAGAUUAAACUUCUGGAGGAAUACAAUCAUAGAAAGCACAAACUACAAAGUAAAUUUGAUCCCAAAUACCAGAAAACAGAAAAGGAAAGUAUAAAGAAGCAACAAAAAUUAAUUCAGUCAAAUCCAAAGUGUAAAAUCAAAGGGGAACUAUUGGGCUCUCCUGGUCGCAGAACACUCGGGGUGUGUUCACCUUUUUCAUUUACUACCAUAAACUCAGUCCUGUUGCAUUUAAGAGAGUUAGGGGUACCUUAAGUAAUUUUUUUUUCCUUGCUUUGGUUGCUAAGGUUUUUUUGUGCAACGGUCUAGGGAUUCCUUAAGUAUAAGACCAAGACAAGGUGAAAACCAUAAAUACUUAAGUGAGCAUUUUAUGGAAACCUUAAGAAAAAGACUUAAGGGGUUUUUUUGCAACCAGUUUUAUUUUGAGGAAACCUUGACCAGGGGCUGUAUUCACAAAGCUUCUUAGUACAAGGAGUUCCAAAGAGCUCCUCAGGUGAAAAACUGUUAGGAGCAGGAAGGAGGACUUUUAAGAGGUUCUGAAUCAGAGGAGAAAAUGGUGGAAACACAAAGAGGUCAGAGAAAUGUUCUCCAAACACUGAAUGGCAGUGAGUAAAUGAAAUGCCUCAUAUUUGAUGGUGCAGAUAUAAUAUGUGUGCUUGAUCUCAUGAGGAGUACGCACACAUUUCACACCUAACGCAUUAAGACCAGAAAUAAAGUGAUCACAGCACUAGGAUUGAAAAUAACGGAAAAAUGAAGCAGUGAUGACGUGAGUCUGUCUCAACCUUCCAUCAGCAGAGUGAUUACACUAACAACAACAACACUUUCACAGUCAGCAGUUCAUUCAAUUUCCACUGGGUGUCCUCACCUUACAGGCUCACAAAAGGACAACCAAUCACACAUUAAACGAAUGCAUCAUACCUAGCAACAGGGUCAACCACCACAAAGUUUCUGUCCCUUCCUUGCUCAGAGUUGCUCUGACAACUUCCCUAAAUCACUCCUAAGCUAGGACUCCUUACUGAAAGUUUUUAGGCUAAGUUUGGAGCUCUCUGAGAGGAUUAUGAGAAUGUUUGUGAAUACGGCCCCGGGAAUUUAAGGAAAAUCUUAACUUAAGGUGUUUUGUGCAAACCGGUCUCUACAGUUUAUCCUUUGUCUAAAGGCCCUGACACACCAAGCCGACGGUCGGCCGUCGACCAAAGUCGGGCCGUCGGUGAGCGUCUGUCGGCCUAGUUUUUGUGGUGUGUCCCGCACCGUUGGCACUUCAGCGUCGGCGGCUUUUCGGCCGAUUGAGCAUGUUGAAUCGGCGGCGGAGCUUGUCGUUGAGAGAGAUCACUCUGAUUGGCUGUUCAGGUUUUAUUUCCUCGCCCCUGUAGCGAGUGAAUCUGCCUGUAGUGAAACCGGGGCUAACCGGUGCUUCCUCCUCAGGCUCCACUUCACUCAGCUGCCCCACAGACCCGCUGCUUCUUCACACUUUAACCUGAAUAACAAACCGGAGCUAGCUGGGAGCGGCUAGCGGAGCGUUAGCCGCAGCAUGACCGGAGGGAAGCACAGCCAGUUAGCCUCCGCUAGUCUCUGAGCUAGCCCCGGCUCUCCGUUUGGAUCCAACCGGAGCACCGAGCCCUGGUUUGUUAUUCAGGUUAAAGUGGGAAGAAGCAGCGGGUUUAUCGGGCAGCUGAGUGAAGUGGAGCCUGCGGAGGAAACACCGGGACCGUCUGGAUGUAAUAGUCCGUGGAGGUGCUGCGGUGCUCGGCUGCACAGAUAGGAAACCCCUCGGCUGACAGGAUGUACCACUCUCUCACUCCGCUCUCUCUCACGCAGGCGCAGAACGUACGUGCUACUUGGCCGUCGGAUGUAGUCCGUGUAGUGUGUUCAAAUGCAACUGACACAGGGCGACGUGAGGCGACGUGAGGCGACGUAGACGACGCAACAGUUGGCUUUCGUCGCCGCUAGUUCUUUGAUGUCAGUUUGGUGUGUCCGCACCUUAAGGAGACUUUGACUAUCCCUGAAGUCUUGUUGCUGAGCAUUGUAAAUAAACAGAGGUCACAAGGUGAUGACAGCAAUGUUCCUGUUUAUGAGUAAAGUCAGCAGAGUUUAUAAGAAAAACGUAAAACAUUAUGUUUUCUUUAUGUUUGUGGUGGUGGAACACUGUUUGUUUAGUAAUUAACAGGAAGUCACGACUCAAAAUCAUUUCAUCGAAACUUUUUACACAAAAAUAAGUGAACUUGUGAUGAACCCUGCUUCUUGUCUUAGAUUUUGUAAAUGACAGAUAUUUUAUAUCUUCGAACGUCUUAUGAACAAAAGAAUUUGCGGAUCUGAUGUAACAGAGACCAACUGUGUUGUAAAUGUUGUUAUGAAGCUUCAUCAAGCAGAUUUUAUAAAUAUCAAGACGACACCAGUGUCAACAAUUUCAAUAAAGUGAUGUUUAAAUGUCUGGUUUGCAUCUUCACUUCCUCUG